AUGUCACGCCCCGCCCUUAUGAAGGAGGCCUUUGAACUUCUUCAAAGGGAUGGAAAAAUACCCAAAGCUUCUGUUCCAACGGCACUUCGAGCAGCAGGUCUCAAUCCAAGUGAAGAAAGAAUUAAAGAAAUUAUGAAUACUGUGUCGGAACUUGAUAUGGCUGGUUAUGAAGCACUUGUGCUAAAACAUGAUGAUAAGACUGAUUCUCCAGAAGCAGUAAAAGAGGCAUUUCGAGUUUUUGACAAGGACCUAGAUGGUACUGUUUCUGUUGCUGAAUUUCGUCAUAUUAUGACAACAAUGGGAGAAAAAUAUACAGAAGAAGAGUUUCGAGAUUUGAUUGAAGGCUUCGAAGAGAAUGGCAUUAUUCAUUAUGAGAAGCUUGUGGACAAAAUGCUAGCUCCCUUUACCGAUCAUGGCAACGCAGAG